AUGGACCGUUAUGUUAAUUGUGGCAUAGCGACUGGUCGCUGUAAUACAAUAGGCAAACGAGUUUUACUUGACCAAGCAACUCUAUCUGUGAUCCGUGAAUGGUGUGCACCUGAACCUGUAAACAACAACGACUAUGCAUGUCAGGCCUGCUGGAACUUAGCUCAAGAGGUGGUCUUAGGUAGACGAUCUAUAGAUGAACCGAGACCAGUAGGUCACUUCACUGUGGACGUUCGUUGUCAUCACAACUCACCAACUUCAAACUAA